AUGAGCCAGCUCGUCAAGGUGGCAUCACCUGCUACCCCUACAGCUCCGGCCACACCGGCAUCACAAAAGGCGCAGGAUCUCACACCUGCUGGCGCCUGGAAACACCCAAAAUUCGACGAGAUCGCGCGCCGGCAGUACGCAACCACCUUCGACGAGCGCAACGUGAAGAUCAUACUCGCAAAUGCCGCCCUCUUGCUGCUCUCUAGCGUAGCAUCGUCGGUCACCACACAGGUAGCCCUGCUCCGUGCCCUCGCGAAGCCGCUGGUUGCUCUAAUCCAUACCGUCCCCUACAACGAAUGGAUCACCCUGACGAUUCGCCUCGUUCUCCUCGCGAACAUUGUCGUCGCCCUGUUACCGCUUGCUCGCCGCUACUACCCUGAUGACCUCGCCGACAUCCCUCUCACUCCCUCGCAGCGCCAGGUUAUGGGCCUCAAGCCCGGCGAUGGGACCCCGCAGACACCAGGCUCAGCGUAUGCGUCCCCAAACUACGUCACGCCGCCUCGGUACCAGAAGUCGACUCCCCGGAGCAGCUUCGGCACCCCCGGCGAGCGUGGGUCGCAGUCCCCUUUGUCCGGCAGCCCCCGCGCAAGCAUGGCAAAGUCGACUUCGAACUCCCCCUUCUCGCCGAGCACAGGCAGUCCGCUGUUUCAGAAGGCUAUUGGUGGAGGAUCGGCAACGAAGCGUCUGAGCUAUGGGGGCAGUCCGCUGAGCAGCAGCUUCUUUGGCGACAGCAGUUCGAGCGCUACGCCAGGGACACCGACACCGGUGCAGGGCAAGGCGAGCGUGGGCCUGAAUAACAAGUGGCUGUAUGAGAAGCGGAGGGACAGCCCGCGCAGCAGCUUGUUCAACUGA